AUGGCACCUCCGGCGUCGAUCCCUCGUGGACCGUCACCCUACAAUGCUCCCCCUAGCAUGCCGCCACCAACCAACCGGUACGCACCGAGCCCUGCUUCUCAGGCCGCAAGCCCGCAACUGCAGAACCGUGGCCCAGUGCCUCCCCCUCCCCAGGGAGCUGCCUCUCCAUAUGCCACCCAGGCGGUCUCACAAACACCGCCAGUGAACCCAUAUGCGCCUAGUACGCCUAUCGCGACCCAGCCUCCUCCUAUGGCCCAGGCAGUCCCUCCGCCACCCCAGGUGUCCCGGCCCAGUACAGCCCAGUCGCAGCGUGCGGCUCCCCCGGCUCCCAAAUACCCCCCCGGUGACCGUUCCCAUAUCCCUGCCAACGCACAGCCUAUCUUCGAGAUACUCUCGGCAGAUAUGGCGCGCGUCAAGUCCCGAGCCCCCGCGGCGUUCAAGGUCCAGGUCGACGAUGCUGAGCGCCGCUUGAACAUCCUCUUUGACCAUUUGAACAACGAGGACCUGCUCAAGCCCAACACCAUCGAGGAUAUGAAGAACCUGGCUGGCGCAAUCCAGGCCCGUGAUUAUGCCGCCGCUCAAUCCAUUCAGGUGGCCAUCAUUACCAACCGGAAUGAUGAAUGUGGCAAUUGGAUGGUCGGUGUGAAGCGUCUGAUUAGCAUGAGCAAGGCUACCCCUGGUGAAUGA